CGGAGAUCAAGAUCUGACAUUGUUAUGUGCUUGAAUUCUUCAUCAAGCUCGUCAGAAAAACACCAAAAGGUUUCAAAUUUAUCUGAAAUUCGUGAAACCCUAAAAAGGGUUAUGUCAAGGUAGAAGAGACAGAACAAAGAUAGAUAUGGUAAGGAAGCAGAAGUACGGGAAGGUAGUGUUGGUUUCUUGCAUCGCGCUUCUAGCAACCGGACUCAUUGCCGACUUUCUCUGGGCUACUUCUCAUCGAUUCUCCUCCGCCGCAAUCUCCGCCGGAUUAUCUCUACCUUCUUCACUUACCACCGUAAUCGUUCCUGGCCAGGAGAAAGAUACAAAGAAGAAGAAGGAUAGUGUGAAGGAAAGGAAACUGUCUAAUACGUUUCAAGAUUUGCCUGCUCCUGAAUUGAAAUGGGAGAAGAUGGCAGCUUCACCUGUACCUCGUCUAGACGGAGCUGCAAUUCAGAUUAGGGAUCUUCUUUAUGUAUUUGCUGGAUAUGGAACCAUUGAUCUUGUGCAUUCACAUGUCGAUAUCUACAAUUUCACUGAUAACUCGUGGGGAGGAAGAUUCAAUAUGCCAAAAGAUAUGGCGCAUUCUCAUUUAGGGAUGGUAACGGAUGGGCGAUACAUUUAUAUUGUUACUGGUCAGUUUGGUCCACAAUGCAGAGGUCCUACAGCUAAAACAUUUGUGCUUGAUACUGAUACAAAUACAUGGAAGGACUUUGUUCCUUUACCAGUUCCUAGGUAUGCACCAGCUACUCAGCUUUGGAGAGGAAGACUUCAUGUGAUGGGUGGAAGCAAAGAGAAUCGAUUUACACCAGGACUUGAACAUUGGAGCAUCGCAGUGAAAGAUGGCAAAUCUUUGGAAAAUGAGUGGAGAAGUGAAAUCCCGAUCCCUCGUGGAGGACCUCACAGGGCAUGUGUAGUAGUUGAUGACCGACUAUUUGUAAUUGGUGGUCAAGAAGGUGAUUUCAUGGCUAAACCUGGAUCUCCAAUCUUCAAAUGCUCACGCCGUAUGGAGGUGGUAUUCAGUGAUGUCUACAUGUUGGAUGAGGAAAUGAAAUGGAAAGUUAUGCCGCCGAUGCCAAAACCGGACUCCCAUAUCGAAUUUGCUUGGAAAGUCGUUAAUAACUCCAUUGUAAUCGUUGGAGGCACAACAGAGAAACAUCCUGAAACCAAAAAGAUGGUUCUCGUUGGUGAAAUCUUCCAGUUCAACUUAAAUACACUGAAAUGGUAUGUGAUUGGGAAAUUACCAUACCGUGUGAAGACAACGCUGGCUGGGUAUUGGGAUGGACAGUUAUACUUCACCUCAGGACAAAGAGACAAAGGUCCAGAUGAUCCCGCCCCGAGGAAGGUCAUGGCAGAGAUGUGGAGAACCAAAUUGAUACUCAACCCAUGAGGCAAGCAAGUUUGUUUUUCAUAGCACAAAAUUCUGCAUUCUUUGUAUCUAAUUCAAACAAGUCCUUACAUUACAUAUUUACAUCCACUGUCAUGGAAUUUUGUAUAUUGUAAACUGAAUCAGAAUCUAUAAGAAAGUUCCAGUUUCAACACA